ACAGAGGGCCCAGGUCAGGGCAAUCAAUGGACACCUCCGAUCUGGGUGCUACCCUGUGGCAGUGAUGAGAGGGCUCUGGUGAGGGUGCUCCGCUAUCACCUGACACCGGGUGCCUGUGAGUGACAGAGAUGAGAGACCUGAGAGGGACAGUAGCUGUGAUCUCAGCUCUAGGAGCCUGAAGUGAGGAAGAAGCAUGAGGUCCCGGGUAAGGACGUUCAGCUGUCACCUCCAUUCUGGAGCCACAAGCAUGAGGGACCCCGUGAGGACAGUCACUGGUCACCUCAUCUCUGACAUAGUCCUUAGAGCCUCGCUGAAUUGAGACAAAUGUCACAGCUCUGGGGCCCUAGGAUGGGGAACAGACACAACGGACUAGUGAGGAAAGACACCUGUCACCUAAGCUCUGGGUGGCAACAUUGGCGCUGAGGGCUUUCAACUGGCACUGAAUCUCUGCAGUGGGACACAGCAGGAGGGCCCAGGCGAGGACAGCCAACAGUCCCCUUAGCUCUGGGCGCCUACACUGAGUGAGAGGCGUUGGGCCCAGGUUUCAACGUUCAACUCACAUUUAACUGUGGGAUACCUGGACCAGGGCGAGGCUUAGAGGCCCAACCUCAGGUAAAGGCAUGAGGGGCAGGCAAGGGCACACAGGUAGCCCUUCAGCGAUGGCAGCCACCCUGGGGCAGAGACAUGAGGCCCAGCAGGGGGCACUCAAAUGCCACUUCACCUCCGUACAGCUCCACACCACAGAGACCUGAGGGCCCAGGUGAGGUGAGUUGACUACAGGCACAAAUCUUGGUAGCUACACUGGAACGGAGAGCGAGGGACCAUGGAGGUCAUUUAACUGUCAUCUCAGCUCUGGAUUCCUACACUGUGGCAUAGGUGGCCUCAGGUGAGGGCAUUCAACUGUCACCGGAGAUCCGAUUGCCUAAUCUAGGGUAGAGGCAAGAGGUCCUGCAAUAAGACAGUCGCCCAUCACCUCAGCUCUGGGUGCCUACUCGGGGGUAGAGGCGGGAGGUGCCGGCACGGGGGCAUCAGCAUGCAGGCCCACGUGAGCACUGUCAAGUGACAACUCCGUGCUCGGUGUCUACACUGAGAGGGGAACGAGGGAUCAGCUGAGCACGCGGGCUCUGGGUGCCUACACUCAGGCAGGGACACAAGGAGCCGAGGAAACACAGUGAACUGGUGCCGCAGCUGUGGGAACUACAUUCUCUGCCAUCUCCUGCUGGGUGCCCGCACUGGGGCCGGGCCAUGAGGGUCUAUGACAAGAGGGUCUCAUGCUCUCCAAGUCCCCAUUGAAAAACAUUCCUUGGAGAAACAAAGCUGCCCCUUGAGGCACAGAAGGCUUGGGAUGAGUCCCAGGCCUCUGGCCCUCUCGAGGGUGGUGCCCCUGGGGUUGGUGAAUGUGCCUCUGGGCCCUCAGGGGGGCUCAUUAAACCAGCCUUUCCAAAAUGCCUGCUCUGAGCAAGGUGUAAACACUGUCCUCUAAGAACCAGCCGUCUGGCCGCUGCCCUGUGCCUGGCAGGAGCUUCGUCUACUGGGCACCACGACUGCCAGCAUUACAGGGAAGAGCGCUAAGGAGGGCACGGUGCCCAGGGCUUGGUACUCACAGAUAUGUGAGAGUUUGGCAAAUGGUCAGUGCUAUUUCUGGUCCCAAAUUCCAUGACAAAACUCAAAUACCAACCCGUGACAGCAGCACAGGGGCCUGAAACUUAUCACCUUGAUCUUGUUAGGGAGAACGAGGGAGUGUUGUGAAUGCCAGUGGAGAAGCUCCUGGAUGCUAACCAGAGCUCUGUCACUGCCUGGCUCUAUCACCUUUCUCUGUAUUCUGGGUUCUUUCCUUAGGAAGGUUUCCAGAAAGCGGUGACAUUGGGUCAAAGGGCACGGAUGUUUCAGUGGUUCUCACGCCGCCCGGCUGCUGCCGUCCAGAAAGAUGGGUCCAGGCGACAGAGGUGGCCCCAGCUCUCCCAGCGCGGGAGAGCGCACGGUCCACAAACGCUGCACCUGACGGCUGCCCCACCCCAGCGGGAGAAGUGGACAUGAGGUUGGCAGGUCCCCUCCGCAUCAUGGCCCUGGUCAUCUCCGUGGGCCUCACCUGGCUCGUAGCCAGCAUCCUCCUCGGUGGGCCUGGCGGCGGCUUUCCUCGCAUCCAGCAACUCUUCGCCAGCCCAGAGAACUCAGUGACUGCAGAGCCAAGGGCCAGGAAGUACAAAUGCGGCCUGCCUCAGCCGUGUCCCGAGGAGCACCUGGCCUUCCGCGUGGUCAGCGGGGCUGCCAACGUCAUUGGACCCAAGAUCUGCCUGGAGGACAGGAUGCUCAUGAGCAGUGUCAAGGACAACGUGGGCCGGGGACUGAACAUCGCCCUGGUGAACGGGGUAAGCGGAGAGCUCAUCGAGGCCCGCGCCUUCGACAUGUGGGCGGGAGAUGUCAAUGAUCUACUGAAGUUUAUCCGGCCGCUGCAUGAAGGCACCCUGGUGUUUGUGGCUUCCUAUGAUGACCCAGCCACCAAGAUGAAUGAAGAGACCAGGAAGCUUUUCAGCGAUCUGGGCAGCAAGAAUGUCAAGGACCUGGCCUUCCGGGACAGCUGGGUGUUUGUAGGGGCCAAGGGUGUGCAGAACAAGAGCCCCUUUGAGCAGCACGUGAAGAACAGUAAGCACAGCAAUAAGUACGAAGGCUGGCCCGAGGCGCUGGAGAUGGAGGGCUGCAUCCCCAGGAGGACCACAGCCAGCUAGCGGCCGAGCUCGACGACCAGACUAAGCGAGGCUGUGUGUACCCAGCCAGGAGGGGGCGCCGGCUCAGCGCUGAGGCCCGACCCCACGCCCAGCCAGGGGCACUCCUGCCCCAGCACGGCAGGGCUCCGAGGCGGUGACCGGUGACCAGACCGUGCCCGGUGGUGGGGCUGCGCUGCGGCCCCAUGGCGCUUUGUCCGGGGACCCCAGGUACCCGUCUCCUUUUCCUAAAGCACUCUGCUGGCCGACACCCACCCAAGUCCCAAGCGCCUGCGGCCCCCAGUCUGAUAGCAGCUGCCUGGCAGGUCGGGGCAUCUUCCGGAGCCUCUCCGUCCCAGAGUGGCUCGCUGCUCUGCAGGCCAGUCCUGUUUCCAGUGUGAUUCGUUCUGCUGAGCCGAACGCGGUGGCCACUCCCGGCGCCUGGCUGCCUCCUGCCUUGCUCUCGCGGGAAGGGGUGCCCGCCUGGGAGCCAGGCUGGCCGGGCAGUGAGGUCGCCGGCCCGAUGGCGGUUCCCAGCGCGGCGGGUGGCAGCUCCUGCGGUUUGUCUGUCAGAGGGCCCGCUUUCUAAAUGACGUCUUAAUAAACUGGUGGCCCCCGAA